AUGCAACCUGGUGUGCUGCAGAUCCAGCGGCGACUGGGCACGCUUCCCGACGCACCGCCGACGGCGCGCCGAUGGGAGACGUCUCGAGACGCUCGCCCGCUUGCGCUACCACCAGCGCCAACACAGGCCGUGUCAUCCGCACCACAAAAAGCGAUCAAGUCCAAGCAGCCGCCCAAACGGCCGACCAACGGACAGGUCAACCUCCUUGACUUUGUGGCCAAGCCUGCGAGAAAGGCCAAGGCCAAGGCGCCGCCACCGGCUACUAAUGCAGAGACCAAGCCGGCGGCCAUGCGCGCGACCGCGAAAGCGUUUGUUCCAGGCAGCGCGACGCAUCAUGAUGACCCGGCGACGACCAACGCCCCGCGUCCCGUUGGGACAAAGAAGAAGAAGAAGUCGACGCUCAAGAAGAAGAUUCUGCGCGACCGCGCGGCAAAAUGGGAGGCGUACCACCGUGCCACGGCGGGAGCAUCAUUGGCGCCGCCACCGAGCGACGCCAACCCCGAGAAAGCGCAGUCUGUGACUAUUGACCACUUGGUCUCGGUAGAUGAGAUCGAAGACGACGACGAGUACGAAGACACGUUGGCAGACGUGCGGCUGCAGCUUGAGCGGCAUGGUGCGAUCUCGGCCAUGGAUAUUGACCGGUCGACGGGCGCCGUGACUGUCACGUACAAGGCUUCAGUCAGCGCCGACGCCGCGGUCGCCGCCUUGCACAAUGCGACGUUUGGCGGACGCCAGCUUCUCUGUCUGUACGCAACAUCUGCGACGACGGACGCCAUGUCGUGGGUCACGGUUCUCAAAUACUUGGCGCCUGCCGACCUUGCGGACGACGACGAGUUUGAGGAAGUCCGGGACGAAGUAACAUCCGAGUUUUCAAAACUGCAUCCGGUGCAAGCCGUCGAGAUUGACCGAGACACGGGCGUCUGCCGUCUCCAGUACGCAUCGCCGUUGGCGGCCAUGGCGGUCACGCAGCACUACGACAACAAGCCGUAUGGUGGCACUCCGAUUCGAGUCGAGUGGGCCGGAGGCCAGGUCGCACCACCUCCGACGUCGAUUCCGACAGUCGACGUGCCGCCCGUCCGGAAGCUUCGGAACGCCAGUGCGAUCCGUGCGUACGUCGACCAGAAGAUCGACGUUGGCGGCGAGCUGCAAGUCGGUGUGACGGCGCUCCUCGGGCGUCUCAUGCAGCUGCAGGAACGUGCUCGGUUGACCAACCCGCUCAAGGCCAAGAAAACACGUCGCCUCGUUUUCGGUCUACGCGAGGUGAAGCGAGGUCUCAAGAACCUCAAGGUCAUGUGCUUGCUCGUGGCGUACGACGUGGACGAGUGCGCGGCGGAAGGCGGCCUCGAUGACAAGAUUGUCGAGCUCAUCGAUUUGGCACGCGCCAACAAGAUCCCGGUCGUCUUUGCCCUCUCCAAGCGCAAGCUCGGCAAGGCAGUCCUCAAGACUAUUCGCGUGAGCUGCGUCGGCAUCUACUCGGUCGACGGCGCCAAUGACAUGUGGGCAAGCGUCCAGAAGACCGUCGCGUCGCUGCAACGACCCGACGUGGCCGAUGCAACGCUGGAAGAUGCGAUGGACGCUCUGUCGACAAGCUAAGACUUUUUAGUUUAGGACCUCGCAGUGGUAAUGAGACCACGGUUGUAAAAACCACGGAGGCCGUGGAUGAUGAUAGGUGAUGGUAUAUCGAGCACACUUUUGUCUGAUUGCACGGCCCUUCGAGAUGAGGUCGG